GUCCUGGGGCUCAUGAUCGACAAUGAUGUGCACCGCGUGUACGUAUACGUUCCCGAGGCAAAGCCCGCCGUCGUCGGCGUCGUCACCCCGACAGACAUCCUCCGCCUAUUCCUGCGCCUCGGCCUUGGCGCCAGCAGCACUUGCGGCGGCGGCGCCGGCCGCGUCGUGGGGGUGGGGCCGGCGGGGGUCGCUGGGGUCGCGGGCGUGCUGGCGCGGCCGGCGGGGGCGCCGGCGCACCUGAAGAAGGCGCGGGUCGACGCGGCGGCGUGA